AUGAGUCGGAUCUCGAAGAGGCUUAUGAUCUCUGGUGGUACCGGCUUUGUAGGCUCAGCAAUAGUGCGAGCUCUAGCAGAAAAACACCCGGAGUGUGCCAUCACCGUCAUCGACCAAAACCCCCCGAGCGCGGAUCAAGUACUGCCAAGCGGCAUCGCAUAUCUGCAAGUGGACAUCACAUCGCAUGAGUCCUUGAAGAAGGCCUUCGAGACGGUAAAUCCAGAUGUGGUCGUCCACACUGCUGGAAUAAUCCCCGGUUUGGCUGAGCGAUUCCGUCGCCGACUAGAAGCCGAAGUUUGGAAGGUCAACGUCGAGGGUACACGAAACAUGCUCGAUGAAUGCAAACGGGCUAACGUGGAAGCCUUUGUAUACACAAGCUCGUGCUGUGUGGUGACUGAUGAUACGCUCAAUUCAUAUCCCAACAUUGAUGAGGGGUGGCCUUCAUCACCCAAAUCGACCAUCUAUGGAGAGUCCAAGGCGGCUGCAGAAGCACUUGUGCUCAAGGCCUCCAGCAGCAGUAUGGCUACAUGUGCCCUUCGACCGUCGGUACUCUGCGGACCAGGAGACUGUCAACUGGUGCCAGCUAUCCAUGCAUGCAUUGCAAAUCGAGAAACCUCCUUUCUGAUCGGCGAUGGUUUCAAUAUGUGGGAUAUCACACAUGUCGACAAUGUCGCCGAUGCCCAUGUCCUAGCCAUCGAGAAUUUGCUGUCCUCUCGCACUGCCGCCGGUGAGGCCUUCUUCAUUCAAAAUAACGAACCUAUCACAUUUCGCGAUUUCUGUUUGGCAGUUUGGGCACAGUUCGGGCACUUUCCGCCCUUCGAAGUCCGCAUCCCAGAGACCAUGGCGUAUAUGGUUGGGUUGGCGUGUGAGACUGUCACCUGGGUGAUGGGUACGACGGCAACUCUCAGUCGUGGGAGUGUUCGAGACGCAUGUGCCGUUAGAUAUGCCAGUGGCGACAAGGCAAGGAAGAUACUGGGGUAUCAGGCUCGCAUCGGUAUCGAAGAAGCCAUCCGUUUGAGUUGCGAGUCAUACUCACGGUCCCAGGACUACGCUUCUCGUCUGGUCAACUCUCGAAAUCAAAUCAUUAAUGUCACAGGGAAGACAGACGGCCCCCUGUAA